AUGCGACUGCCAUCACUAGUGCUGACCCUCCUCGCGGGGGUCGCCGUGGCUGCCGACGACACCACCACUUCCUCCGAGUCGGUGUUUACCAUGGACGGCAGCGUUGUGACGGUGACCCCGACCUCGGUUCCUGCUCCCUCGGGGGAAUAUCUCACCUUCGGGUCGACCAUCAUUGUCAGCAAUGACACUUCUAUUGCGCUAUCUGCAGAUGCUACCGCCACCACCACGGGCAAUGCCACUCUAGUCACUCAGACCUCCGACGGGGUGACCGUGCUGGUAGGCGGCCACGGCACAACUACCCUCGGCAAUGGUACGGCCAAUGCCACUGCGACGGCCUCGUCCUCGCCGUCGGCGUCGCCAGUGCAAAAUACUCAGCCCUGCAACGACUACCCGGAGUUCUGUAAUCGCCAGUAUUCCAACAUCACCAUGGUGGCUGCGCAUAACAGUCCGUUCGUGCGUCCGGGCAACGCGGCUUCUAACCAGAUGUUCGAUGUGACAUCGCAGUUGGACGAUGGCGUCCGCAUGUUGCAAUUCCAAGUCCACCUGCAGAAUGGCACGAUGUAUCUCUGCCACACCAACUGUGACCUGCUCAAUGUCGGCCCGCUCUCAGAUUAUCUCGACACAGUCGCCAAAUGGCUGAGCCAGAACACCUAUGACGUGGUCACGUUCCUCAUGGGCAAUUUCGAUUAUGUGCUUCCCGGCAACAUCACCGACGUGAUCGAGGCCUCGCCUCUGAAAGACUAUAUUUAUACUCCACCCAAGAUCCCCAUGGGUCUGGAUGACUGGCCAACGUUGGGGGAGAUGAUCAUCACGGGGAAACGCGCAGUGUUUUUCAUGGACUACGGAGCCAAGCCGAAGGAGUAUCCGUGGCUCAUGGAUGAGUUCUCGCAGAUCUGGGAGACGCCCUUUUCGCCGACGAACCGCAACUUCCCCUGCACGGAGCAGCGACCGCCGGGCCUUUCGCGUGAGGAUGCAGAGAAGCGCAUGUAUAUUGCGAAUCACAACCUCAACCUCGAGCUGAACUUUGGCGGUCUGAGCAUGCUCAUCCCCAAUCUCGCCGACAUGGCUGAGACCAAUGCCGUCUCGGGAUUCGGCAGUCUGGGCUGGAUGGCCGAGAACUGUACCAAGGAUUGGAACCGCCCGCCCAAUUUCCUUCUGGUGGAUUACUACAAUUAUGGAAACACCAACGGCUCCGUGUUUGAAGUCGCGGCCGACAUGAAUAACGUCACCUAUAACGGCAAGUGCUGCGGCAUGAACUCCGCUGCUGCGCAUGGAGUGUCUGUCGCCAGCGUUACGUCCAUGCUGGUAGUGGCUGCAACUGUACAGCUUGUGAUGAAUGUGUUUUAA